UGCAAAAAUGGCGAUAGUGGGAGUUUGAAGUGUAGCGCCGCGAAAACGAGCCAGAGCAACGGAGCCACGGCCAGACCCGCGGGGACGCAGCCUGUCAACCUCUCUCGUCUGAAGGCAGACUGUUCUGACUGGGGUUUUGCUGCAGAGCGGUAGAGAAUCCACAGUGAAGAGGACGGUCCUGUUAACAGGAGGAUGUUUGAGGAGCUGCUUGAACCGUUCUGCGGGCUGGAGCCCCAGGGGUCCCCGGGGGCCGGGGCCUGCCACAGGAGAGGAGUCCCGGAGGAGGCAGCCGAGUCCAGCCUGAGCGUCGGACAGUUCGUGCUCUGUCACUGGUCAGAUGGACUCUACUACCUGGGAAAGAUCCAGAGGGUGAGCCCUCCCAGGCAGAGCUGCUUCGUCACGUUUGAGGACAACUCCAAGUUCUGGGUGCUCUGGAAGGACAUCCAACACGCUGGAGUUCCUGGAGAGGAGCCUCGUUGCUCUGUGUGUAGAGGGGUGGAGUCGAGCUGUGACACUCAAUCAAAGAUGAACAACCAGAUUCUGAUUUGUGGGAAGUGUGGCAUUGGCUUCCACCAGCUGUGUCAUGUUCCUUCAGCAGAGGGCAGCAGUCUCAGUCCCUGGUUCUGCAGACGUUGCGUCUUUGCUCUGGCUGUCAGGAAAGGGGGCGCUCUGAAGAAAGGCCCCAUAGCCAAAGCCCUGUGGGCCAUGAAGCAGGUUCUGCCGUACGAGCUGGACUCUCUGGACUGGGACUCCCAGCACCGAACCAACCAGCAGCAAUGUUACUGUUACUGUGGCGGCCCUGGAGAGUGGUACCUGAAGAUGCUGCAGUGUUUCCGGUGUCAGCAGUGGUUCCACGAGGCCUGCACUCAGUGUCUGCAGGAGUCCAUGAUGUUUGGAGACAGGUUCUACCUGUUCCUGUGUGCGGUGUGUAACAAAGGCUCAGAGUGCGUCCGCCGCCUGUCUCUCCGGUGGGUUGACGUCGUCCACCUGGUCCUCUACAACCUGUCCGUCAGCAGCAAGAAGAAAUACUUCGAGCUGGACGAGAUCCUGGCCUUCGUCUCGGCCAACUGGGACCAUUUGCAGCUCGGAAAGCUGUCUAACACUCCUCCUGCAGACAGAGGGCAGCUCCUCCUGGACGCUCUGAAUAAAUACAAGAGCAAGUUCUUGUGUGGGAAGGAGAUCAAGAAGAGGAAGUGCAUCUUUCGCCUGAGGACCCGGGUUCCUCCCAAUCCCCCCUCCAAGCUGUUCCCCGAGCGCGUUCAGAAUGACGGCGGGCGGGCCCAGAAGAAGCAGCUGAACAGUGGCUCGGCUGACAGGAAGAAGCGGAAGUCCAAGUGGCUCCUGGAGGACGCCAUUCCCAAUAGUGAGCUGUCCUGCAGCUGGACCUCCAACCACCACAUGGCCAACAUCUUUGACUUCACCCUGGACGAGCUGCAGAGCCUCAAGAGCAGCUGCAGCAGGAGCGUCAGCAUCGACCAGGACUCCACGGACGCGUCCACCUCCGGUUCUGCUACCACCAGCGCCUCCUACCACUUCAGGAGGAGGGUGGGCAGCAGGAAGAGGAAGUUACCCACCAGCAGCUACAUCCACUGGGCCAGUCGCAGCGAGGCGGAGGAGGAGCCGACCGAGAUCAUGGAGGCUGCGGCGGGCCACUCCCCCCUGACCACAGAACCCUCCCACUUCCUGUCAGACCCCUCCCAGAUCUCCGACUCCUCCCACCUCCACUCCUCCAUCUCCUCCUACUUCGGAGCGGCGGGCCGGCUGACCAACGGGGAGAGGUACCAGGUGUUGGCCCGCCGCGUCACCCCCCAGGGGAUGGUCCAGUACCUGCUGGAGUGGGAGGGGACCACGCCCUACUAGGACGCUCACCGUCACGGGUGUAGGAGAAGCUCUGAUCGCUCCACGUCCAACACUCAUCAUGUAACCGGUGGAGACCCGUUAAACCAGUCCAUGUUUUUAUUUUACUAAGUUAACGCUUUUAAAGUCCAGCUCUUUUAAAUUUAAAAUGUAAAAACCGGAUGUUGCUUAGCAACAUAAUUCAACAGAGAGACAAUGUUGAACCUGCUUUGUUUAUCUGCUUUGUUAAUGGAACCAUCCCACGUACCGGGUCCUGGUUAUCCGCUGUCAGGUCUUUC